GUGUCUCGUAUCAAAUUGUCUCAAUCUAACUCCAGCUGUUAAUCAAGAAAGAUGCCUUGCUUCACAAUUCUGACAAAUGUACCGAAGAGCAAAAUACCAGUUGAUUUUGCUCAUAAAAUUAUUCCUGUAUUAUCAAGAGUUGUUGGCAAAUCUGCUGAUAAAUUCACAUGCAUUAUUUCCGGUGACUGCAUAGCAUCUUUUGGUGGGGACUCCACUAGCCCGGGAGCAGUUGCGACCCUGGAAUCCAUUGGAAACCUGAACUCCAAGCAAAAUAGAGUCAUUGUCAAGGAAUUGUCAGACUUCCUGGCAAAAGAAAUCAACGUCAUGCCGGAGAGAUUUUUCAUAAGUCUCUACGAUAUACAGAGCCACAACGUUGGACGAUUCGGAAAAACGGCAGAAGAACUCCUCGGAUAAAAACAAACUCCAACAAACAUUUAUAUCUAAGGAAACAAACUCCAACAAACAUUUAUAUCUAAGG